GAAAUAAAAUGUUUACCAUGAGAACAAACGAGAGCUUUCUGAAUUUAGGGAUGUAAUGUAUGUAAUCACAUGUUUUAACAACUUCUGUCUUCAGAUAGCCAACCGUCUUAAUUUGCUUUUGCGUUCUUGCUUUACUUAUGUUAUUAACUUUUUCAGCAGACAACUUGAAAUAAGCUAUAAACCAUGAAAAGCGUGAACGAAAAAGAAACUCCAGUUGAAAACACUUUGCGUAAUAAGAGUGCUAGAGGUAGCUCUAAAAGUCGAAGCGGACGUAAAUCAGGAUCAUCACUUGGUAAGCCAGCGGAUAAAGGUGGCAGCAGACAUUCUGAUGCAGUGGACGGCUCAUCGUUGACAUCAAUUAAAGAAAGUCAUAAACCAUUGGAUAUAUUCAUUCGAAAUGAACUAAUGCCUAACUGCGCACCGAUAUUUUUAUCGAAAUCAACACAAAAAAUAUUUAAUAUUGUAACUGAUGAACAAAUUACCAGAGAAUCACCAAUCAUUUUAUUGAACAAAUCUGAUAUACUUAAAGAUUUGCAAUUACGUGCAGCUGUAUCAGAUUUUAGUGUACAAAAAGUUGCAAUAAAAAAUUAUCCCGGUUCUGAUAUUUUAUUAAUUUACGAUGCAGAUUAUAAAUUUGGUCAAAAUUUUGUUAUCGUCUUAUCUGAAGAGACAAAAUCUCUUAUACUGAAUCCAGUUAAACAAGCGGUUGAUGGUCAAUCAGAACAUGAUAGUAAUGGUGAUAUGAAUGAUGGCAUAAACGAUGACGAGGAUAAUAUAGAAGAAUACAAAGAAUCUAGUGAUUUAUGUUUUCUGUUUAAAUCGAAAUCAGAACAUGGUUGGAUUGAAUUAGGUUCGGAAAAUGAAAUUACCGAAAUGAAUACUUUUGAAACACGUUCAAAAGUAUAUACAAUUUUUCAAAGACCACGUAAAGAAUUUGGUAGUGUAUUACAUUUGCAAGAUGAAAAUGCUACACAGAAAGGUUUUUCUGAACAGAUUUUAUCACGUGAAGAUGAAUCAUUUAAUAUACCUAUAAUGGAGUUAGAUAAAUCAACUACGAAUUGUGAAAUAACAUGUGAUAAAGGUGUGAAUACAAAUUGGAGAUAUCCAAAAAAUGCUUUCACUCAGUAUGCUCCUAGAAUGUAUACAUCUGAUGAAUUAAAACAUUUUUAUCAUGAGAAUAAUGACGCUUUACUUAAAAUAUCGAAACUAUAUCCACUAUUUGAACAAAGUUUAUUGGAAAAUGAAAUGUACAAUUUUUUAUCAAAUGAUUAUGAGAAUUUACCUAUUGGUGAUGAAACUUAUGAUACAAGAAGUGAUAAUACAUUCAAAGAAUUUUUAUCAUUUACUGAUUUAAAAUAUAGUAAAAAUAAAGCUAUUACAAUGAUUCAAUGGCAUCCAAAUAUUAAAGGUAUUAUUGCAACAUCUAUUAGUGAACGAUUAAUUUAUGAUCAACGUAUUGACCAAGCAUCAAGAAUUCUAUUACAAUCAACACAUAUUAUAUUAUGGAGUUUUAAUGAUCCAUUAAAGCCUCAAUUAUUAUUAAAUGCACCAGAUGAUAUUAUAUGUUUUCAAUUUAAUCCAACUAAUUCGAACUAUAUAGCUGGUGGUUGUGUCAAUGGACAAGUAGUUUUAUGGGAUAUUGAGAAGCAUAUUGACGAUUUAACUAAUGUUAAAUCACGAUUGAAACAAAAUAAUCAAAUGCCUUUAUUUGUUUUUGAUGAGAAUGAAUUAAAUAAAGUAUCAAUAUCACAUUAUUCCGCUUUAAGUAAUAUUGAAUCAUCACAUGGUUUACCAAUUAUGGAUUUGAAAUGGAUACCGGAUCAUUUGGAAAUUAAUCGUUUAGGAUACUGUUUUGAAAAUUAUACACAGAAAUGUGUUCAAUUGAUGACAUGUGGUUUAAAUGGUGAAAUAUUACUAUGGGAUAUACGACCAGAGAAAACACCAUUAGCUAUAAACAAAACAAGUGAUUCACUUAAACCACCAAUUAAUGUACCAUUAACAUUUUCGGCACUAGAUCUGAAAUGGAAACCAUUAUUAAGAAUACAUUUAUAUACAAACGAUCCAGUUAAUGACCAUGCACCAAUUAAAUUUUGUAUACGUGAAAUGCAGGGAGAUCGCAGUUUGCUGACGUCUAAUACAAAAGAUUCCAGUAUCAAUACAACUGACAAAUCAUCUAAAUUACUUCCACUUCCAAACGCAGACACACAUAUUUAUGCCGGGACUGAAGAUGGUGCUAUAGUCUAUGUUGACUGGAUACCACACAAAGAUCAAGACACUGGGAAAAUGCAAACGCCCAAACCAGAAUUUUGUUCUUCACGACAUGAUGGUCCAAUUAGUUAUCUUUGCCACUCACCGUUUGAUUCUUCCCUAGUCUUAGCUAUUGGUGGAUGGAUAUGGACAAUGUGGAAGGAAGGAGUUACCAGUGGACCGAUUAUAGAAUCUGGUCGUGCAAAUAAACCAUUAACAGGUGGUAGUUGGUCUCCUACACGUCCAUCUGUAUUUUAUACAUGUCGUGUUGAUGGUAGUAUAGAAGUUUGGGAUUUGCUUGAUAAAACUUAUGAACCAACAAUGAUCCAGUCAAUAUCUGCAAAUUCACUAACUGCUUUAUCUAUAUGGGAUUCACCUAAACGUCAAUUUAUAGCUACUGGUGAUAUUCAAGGAGUACUACAAUUAUUUAUUGUACCUAGACGUUUAAAAACUCCUUUACCAUCAGAACUAAAGAAAUUCAAUGAAUACAUUGAACGUGAAGUGAAAAGAAAAGAAUUUGUUUCGAUGCGUUGGAAUUUAAGAGAGCAAGAAAAAAUUGAACAAGAAGCGGAAAACAAAAGAAAAGCUGGUUUAGCACCAGCUGUUAUGUUGAGCGACGAAGAAAUCAUUCAGAAAGAAAAAUUGGAAUAUGAAAAGUACUUAUCAGAAGAACAUGUUUUCUUAAGAUCAUUAGGACUAGUUGAAGAGGAGGAUUAGGAAGAAUAAAAAAUGUAAAAGAACAUUCGUUUGUCUUUUACAAAUAUAUAAUCUUUCGAAACGAUUUCUUUCACUUGAAUAUAAUUAAAUAUAUCGAUUUUAAUUAAAUGUACUCUUUUCAACUAGUUGUUUUAUUUAGGACUAAUAGCAGAUUAGUGAGGUUGUAACACGUGGAAUCAGCAAUCAGAAAAAGGCAGGACAGAUCUGAAAGCACAACACAAUGUUGAUCGAGAACUUCACACGAAGAGAUAACACGGAGUGGAAGUCACGAGUCUUUUAUUUUUCUCAAAAUCGAGAUUCGCGGGGGAGAAGUAUAGAGGGAAAUGUCAGUUUACAAAGUGGUCUUAUGAGUCAUCCUGUAAGCUCAGUGUAUAUAGGGCUUGCCCUUCUUCCUCCAAAGAGUUUGUGCUUAGUCGCCCUGCAAUACAAAGAAAAUAGAAUCUCUUUGCAACGUCAUACAUGGUGAUUUCAACUCCGUUACAAGGUCAUCUUUUGUAUGCAGCGAAAUUCUAGCUGUAUAUCAAACUUAUUGUUUUAAUUUUUACGAGAUCGAUAUAUUACCGAAAUUGAAUAAUAAAAACUCGCUUGUGUAGUGGUGGUGCUGGUGGCAGCCGCAUUACAUUCACUAUUGAAUGGAAUGUAAUCGUAGGUGGAAAAUCGAACUGAUGAUUUCUGAGUUCCGAUAUACACGUACAUCUUUGCCUAAAUCAACAAUGCCGUUCAACACACGGAGGUAAGAGAUAACUGAAGAGUCAGAAGCCCUACUGUUUACGUGCUGUAUGCAAUCUGUCGGCUAAUAAUAAUCGCGGUAGUUUAAUCGUGAGUACAUCUUUUAUUAAAGUGUUAUAAGCUGCGGUGAAUAAUUAUUGCAUUUACUGUACAAUUAAAUAUCUUAUGUUAUGUUUAAUUCUGUUACAACAAUACAGUCUCAUACUGUGUACUUCGAAUUCCAGUUCUUGGCUGUGUCUUGUCGAAGUUCGAGACCUACUAAUUUCUGAAGUACUUGGUUAGCUCAUUUCAGAUUCACACAAACUAAUCUGGUGAUUUCUGCCAGCAAUUAAUUACUGAACCACAAUUUUGUAUACGUUCUGAAAUCCAUUUCUAUUCUUAAAUUUACCGUUUGAUUUACAUUAUGUAUUGUAAUUUAUCGUUGGAUUUUGUUCACAAAUCAAUACACGCCUCAUAAUACAAAUUUUCUGUCGUGACUUUUUUCCGGUUAUUUAUCACGUGAUGAGGCCGC